AACUACGGAGGUUUCAGUCGGUUACAGUUUUGUUAUGCAUAAGGAAAGGUUGAUCGCCGUUUUGCCCGUUUGUAUUUAGAAAGUGACGAAGUUCUAAGUGCGCGGAAAGUUCGAGAAAAAAAAAGAUGCCCAAGUACUACUGUGAUUACUGCGACACUUAUUUGACGCACGACUCUCCGUCGGUUAGAAAGACCCACUGCCAAGGUAGAAAGCAUAAGGACAAUGUCAAAUUCUAUUAUCAGAAAUGGAUGGAAGAACAGGCCCAGCAUUUGAUCGACGCUACGACGGCGGCGUUCAAAGCUGGCAAGAUCGCCGUCCCGGGCAAGCCGGGUCUCAUACCCACGGGUGUUCCGCCUCUCGGACCCAACGGCCUCGCCGCGAGGCCUCCCCCGCCUCCGGGUGCGAUGAUGGGCCCGCCGGGGAUGCCGCCCCAUCCGGGUAUGAGCGCGAUGAUGAUGGGACCCCAUGGACCUAUGCCUCCGAUGAUGGGCAUGAGACACGCUCCUCCUAUGAUGGGCGCCAUGGUCCCAAUGGGACCGAUGAGCCACAUACGACCACCUCCUAUGAUGACCGGCCCCGGACCUAUGGCUACCAUAAAGAAAUAAGAACAAAGAUUUUUAUAUUAUUUGUAUUCUAAAUUGUAACUAAAUAUUAAGUUAAGCAAAUAAAAACAGUACCUUUUUUGGUAUCAUC